GACGUUAGCUCUUUUAAAGACUAACCUGACGUCAAAAAAGCGAACGCAUUAAACAUUAACAAGAAGAAAAUAAUAAUUAAAACGCAUAAAGGGUUCAGUUUAGAAGAAAUACAGCAUUAGUCCUUAACGUUUAUUGCUCAAAAAAGACAGGAAACUCCGGGAUCAGUUAGAGUUGGCCAACCAGUUAACCCUGGACCAGAUUGUAGUGACAGCAGUGUUGCUGAGAAACGAUAAACAACAAGCACUUCAUGUUGAAGACUGGUGAAUAUCCAUUACAGGAUACGUUUUUGGCACUUAUUAAUAACUAAAUACAAUCAAUUUUGAUAUUUGGAAGUCUUAAUUAACGGAUUCAGCAACAAAUUUCAAUAAUCUUCAAGAUCCAGGAAAAGAGCUGAGCGAAAGAGAUGUCCUGUGCAAGAGAUGUCCUGGAUGCCAAUGCCCGGCCCAAGUCCAUGAGCCGAGCGAGGCACUGGACAGAUGAGGUGGAGAAUCUCUACAGGUUUCAGCAGGCAGGCUACAGGGAUGAGUUGGAGUACAGGCAAAUUAAACAAGUGGAGAUUGACCGCUGGCCAGAGACAGGGUUCGUGAAGAAGCUUCAGCGCAGAGACAACACCUUUUAUUACUAUAGCAGAAAGCGGGAAUGUGAGGACAGAGAUGUGCACAAAGUCAAGGUGUAUGCGUACUGACCCGCUUAAUCCACCUGCUUUGGCACUUCUUCUGGAUCGCACUCUCUCCCUCUAUGAUUUUUAACAAAGCUCUGCAAGCUGAUAGAUAAUCUGUGUUAUUGUGUGCCUGUGAAUUAGAACAAGACAUUUCAUACAUGACAAAGCAGGAAAACUGCUAUUAUUAUUAUUAUUAUUAUUAUUAUUAUUAUUAUUAUUAUUAUUAUUAUUAGCAGUAGUAGUAGUAGUAGUAGUAGUAUUUGUGCAUCUCAUCCUUUUAACCCUGUACAAUACAGUCCUUCAGUCAAGGCAGUGAUUUAAAGCUGUGUAAAUCUGAUCAUUUUAACAAAGUAUGUUCAUAUGGCUAUUUGUUAUAGACUUUACUGUAUCAUUAUUUUCUUUAUCAAAAAAGAAUCUGAAGAGAUUUUUUAUAUGAUUUUGUUGUCAUUGACUUUUUCCCUACAUCUGAAUAAAACAAGGCUUUUUAA